AUGCCAUACUCUUUGUUCGGCCGUAAUGUGUUGAUUACCGGCGGCUCUCGUGGCCUGGGUGCACUCUCGGCUGAGAAGUUCGCUUCUGAAGGAAGUAACAUUGCUAUCAAUUACAUGUCCAACAAGGAGGUUGCGGAUAAGCUUGCUUCGGAUAUUGCAAGCAAAUACAAUGUGAAGACUGUUGUGAUUCAAGGCGACGCUGGAAUCAAACAAGACUGUAUCAACACUGUUAAAUCUGCCAUUGAGCAGCUGGGUGGCUUGGAUAUCAUCAUUUCAAAUGCUGGUUGGACCAAAAUGACCAACUUCGGUGAUCUCGACGCCAUGGACGACGACGACUGGGACAAGUGCUGGUCUGUGAAUGUCAAAAGCAGCUUCCAUCUGUUCAAGGAGGCUUUGCCAACGUUCAACGCGAACCCCGAGGGUGGUGUCUUCCUCAUCACAGGCUCAAUUGCAGGUGUUUCGGCAACGGGUAGUAGCUUGCCCUAUGCCGUCACGAAAGCAGCAUCUCUCCAUCUUAUGAAGUGUCUUGCUCAGACCCAAGGCGCAAAAGUUCGCGUCAAUGCUAUUUUGCCUGGUCUUUUGCUGACUGAAUGGGGUCAACGUUUCUCUCCGGAGAAGAUCGAAGGCUGGACAAAUGCCACAGUUCUCAAACGGGCGCCCGAGGUCGAAGACUGCGCCGAUAUGUUCGUCACGCUCGCCAAGAACCCCUCUAUGACAGGACAGGCCAUCCAAAUCGAUUCCGGAUUUGCUAUUAAAUAG